AUGGUGUCAGGCCCUUCCUCUGCUUUCGCAAACAGCUAUUCAAUGUUUAUAGCCUUUAGAUUGCUGAUAGGAGUCGCUGGUGCUGGAGUCUAUGAUACUGGUUACACAAUCUUAUUGGAACUGACAGUGAAGAACUAUCGAGCUUAUGCAGGGAAUAUAUUUAAUAUUUCUUUCACAUUAGGAAUUAUAUUUCUUCCUCUGGCUGCAUAUUUUACCUACAACUGGAGACAACUUCAGUUAGCACUCUCAGCUCCAAUGGUUUUGCUUGUCAUCCAUUGCUGGUUCUUACCAGAAUCACCGAGGUGGUUGAUAACAUCAGGAAAGCUGGAAAAAGCAGUAAAUAUUAUAGGAACUAUUUGCCGCCAAGAUUCUAAUGAGCCUGAUAAACCUACUCAAGUAUAUUUUGAACUUUUCUUUUUUUUUUUCCAACUAUGGAAGUAUUUUUCAUUUUUUUUUUCUUUCAGGGCCGAUCUCAUCCAUUCUACAGCAAUCCAUUUUUUUUAG